UGGAUCCUACCCUUCUCCAUCCACCCAUUAACCUUGUUCCCCGAGAUGCGCCUUCUUGCAACUUCCUCGUUUGCUUAGGUCGAUUUAUUAACUCAGCCCUCCCACACUCACCUUAUCCCAGAACUCCUCUUCUUCUCUUUUUCUCCCCCACGAUCCAGUGUUAAAUCACAACUUCGACCUGCCGGCUAUCGAAUAGCAUCGCCUCUCCUUCCAAGAGACUCCUUGUCUCAAGACAUUCCUUAUUCACGCACUCAACCCUUGGUCUCACUUGGUCCUUGAUUCAGAGACAAGACACGCCACACCGUUGAACAGGGUUCACUGAGUACGCCAACAUUCCUAACAAACCCAGUCACACCUCGCAAGUCGAGUCAAAGAACAACCUGGGCCCUAUCCAUACACCACUGGGACAUUCCUACAUCACUUUUACCAGCCACUUACAAUUCCCUUCGAGGCCGGUCAAAUAUCCAGAGGAACUCACUCCAAUUUCCCAGCAAAGCUCAAUUUCUGAACAUUCAUUCCAAUCAUUCUUUUCGAGAACGACACUAGAACAAACAUGAAGUCUUACACGGUUCUCAUGCUGGCUUCGGCCGCUGUUACCCAGGCCAUUCAACAGUGCUCCGGCACGGCCAAGGAAGAGGGUGGUAACUGGUUUUGCGGUGCUGUUGAUCAGAUCUUGUAUUCCAAUGUCGGUCACCCUGGCACUUACAAGGCUGUCAACCACAUGGGUGAUGAUGGUUCUUGCACCUUUGAGGACGUUGCUUUCUCAGGCCCCCUGGCCCCUUUCAACGAGGAGCUUAUGCCCGUCUUCCGUGGUCCCAUGCAGCUGAAGCAGGUUGCUAUCUACAGCCUGUCUUCCAAGGCCAAGCGCUCCCCUGCCGCUUCUCACGUCCACGCCCGCCGUCAUGGUCACCAUGGUCACCACCACCUCCACAAGAAGUCAGUCGAGUCUCCUAAAGAGGAGCUUAAGGAGGAAAAGCGUGGCGAAGACUGGGUCGUUGCGGAAAUCGACGGCAAGGUCGUAUCCUGGAUCAACAACUACUUUGGCCCUACCCCCGCGGCACCCCCUGCUGCUGCUGCGACCCCUGCUGUCGCUCCUGUCGUUGCGCCCAGCCCAACUCCCACUCCUUCUCAGGCCCCUGUCGCUGCUGCUGUUCCUCAGCCUGCUAGCUCCAAGGCUGCUUCAAGCUCUGGCUCCGGCUCCGGCUCCGGCUCUGUCAGUGGUGAUUACGAGCGUGUUGGCUACUACAAUGCUGAUCAGGGUGUUGCUGACGGCAUCGUGUUCCUUGGCAACUACGGUGGCCAGCUGUCUGGCAAGUUUGACAACGUCUUUGGCAACUCUUUGUCCUACCUGAAUGCCGCGGGUACUGGUGGUGCCGCUUCACCCGAGGUCUUGAAGCCGAUCACCCUCAAGUCCAACCAGGAGUUCCUGAUCGCCAGCGACAAGUCAUGCGAUGAUGGUGGCUGUGGAUACUCUCGCCCUGGCUCCGUUGCAUACCACGGCUUCAAGGGUGAGGAUUCAGUGUGGCUCUUUGAGCUGAGCAUGCCUCUCGACGGAACCACCGGCUUCAACGCCGAUAUGUCCGCCCUUUGGUUCCUUAACGCUCGCAUCCCCCGCGUUGCUCAGUACAGCACUUGCUCCUGCUGGCCUGCUUGUGGUGAGCUCGACGUUCUCGAAGUCCUCGCCACUGGCGAUACCAAGUGCAAGUCAACCAUCCACUCCAACGUCCCCGGCGGCUCAUCCGACUACUUCGACCGUCCUACUGGCGCCCCCGCCAAGGUCGCUGUUGUCCUGGAUGGUGACUCUGGCCAGGUCUCAGUCAAGAUGCUGGACUCUAGUGUCAACUUGAGCUCUGGCAUCACCCGCUCUCAGGUGGAGGGCUGGCUCUCUGCCGACUCCGUCUCGACCGCCAGCACCGGCGGCAAGAGCAACAGGGUCUCCUUGUUCGCUUUGUCGUCUUGAGUGUUUCCGCGGGUUUGAUUUCUACUUGGAUGGUAUUUCAACAAGUACAUGAUUUGCAUAUAUGGGAUUGGGGGUUUGACGAUAACUUUUUCUUCUUCUCGCUGGAUUGAGCCCAAGCAAGACCUUUUCUUUUUGCAUUGGAUCUUUGGCAUCCAAUGACUUGAGACUUCUUUUUUUCUCUUCUUCGAUAUGCGAGGGUACUAGUUACCUUCGCCUUUGGGGGCAAGGGGAUUGCGAAACGACAUUAGACGGCGUCUAAGACGAAGAUACCCACCGGCCCCGGAAAAGUGCGCCCUUUUUUGACGAUUUUAUGGAAAGGAUGCAGGAGGAUUGGUUUUCUCUUGCAAGACAGUUUAGCCAGAGAGCAUUCUUCUCCAAAAGGGAGGAGAUACCAAUUGAUACCAAAUUUUUC